GUGCUGUGCCGCAGCGCCGCCUCUGUCCUAACGCGCUUGCUGAGGAAUUUCAGCGCUCGGGACUGGAGUCCAACACGAUGUAAAACCUAGUCACGGAGACAUGUUUUCGGGGCACUGGUACGUUUUAUGGGCAACUGACCGAAAAGAAGUUCUGUGAAACGAAAUAACUGUCGUUUGUUGUUAAACGGACAGGGAGCGGAGAGUAGCGCUGGUCGGGCCGCUGCUAGAUGGAUGGUUAUGGGGAAAGGAGCGGGAGCCGCGGCACUACGACUCGGAAAGACCCUCGUUGUAUUUGUCUGCCUUCUCCAACCGGACUUCACUGAUGUUGUACUCUUUAGAGGACUUCAUGAGUUUUGCUGCAGAGAUGUUGGUCAUGACAUUGUGCAAUAAAACCGCUAAUGUCAGAUAAGUGGCAAAGCUAUCAAGAUUAUAACAGCAAGCCAGAGAGCUUAACUUCUGAACUGUAUGAAUGUUUAUAUUCUCCUUGUCUCUCCUUGCAGUGGCUCCACAGUGUAAGAUCCUAAAUUGUAACACUGAAUUCUGGGCAUCAGCACCAAGCUCAGGCCCAAGUGAGGAGUUCUGUGCGGCUUUGCGUGCAUACAGCCACUGUGUGUGGCGCACAGCCCGCUCCUGCCGCGGUGACCUGGCCUACCAUUCAGCCCAGCAUGGGAUCGAGGACCUCAUGAGCCAGCAUAAUUGUUCCAGUGAGGGUCCUGUGGCCCAUACAGUACCGGCCAUGCCAUCUGUCCCACCUCUGGUGCCUACAGACUCGGGGAUACCAUCAGAUGGGCCAGAGCUGUGCCAGUAUGAGCGGAGUGUAGGACGCCCCAAAUACACACACUGCGGCUUCUUUGGCGACCCCCACUUGCGUACCUUCAAUGACCAGUUCCAGACGUGCAGGGUGCUGGGGGCAUGGCCACUCAUUCACAACAAAUACCUGUCUGUGCAGGUCACUAACACACCAGUGCUAGCUGGAUCCAUAGCCACAGCCACUAGCAAAUUGACAAUCAUCUUCAAGAGCUUGCCAUCCUGCACUGAUCAGAAGACAUACCAUGCUGAGGCAGGGGAACUGGUGGCGGCAUUCACUGACGGCUCACAAAGUGCAGGUGCCCUGCACAUUCUAGAGAAAGUUCCUGGUCGCCAUGUGGAGAUCCAGGGACGCCACAUUGGCGCCACACUUCUGAUAAGGCAGGUGGGUGGUUUCCUGACGUUUGCUGCAAGGAUGCCUGAAGAGGUGACUCACUCGCUGGACGAUAAUGACGACCAGGACCUGUACUUGUGCCUGCAUGGCUGCCCAGGUAAUCAGAUCAUCGAUUCAAGGAGUCCCGAGAGCCCCGCCCGUGGCUUUACACACCAAUUGGCCAUAGCCAAGUGCAAGGAACGCCUCCCAGUGGAGGACGUCUAUUUCCAGUCUUGUGUUUUCGAUCUGCUCUCAUCAGGUGAUGCUGAAUUUGCACUGGCUGCCUACUAUGCCCUUGAAGAUGUCAAAGCUCUGCAUUCAGACAAGGACAAGUAUCACCUCUUUGAAAGGGAUGCAGGCGCAUUUAAUUCGGCCUCCCAGGGAUGUAGCUUUGCAUUGUUGAUUCUGCUUGCCAUGUCUUUGUGGACUCAUUUGUGUUGUUGCAAAUGUGUAUAGUUCCACUUGGGUGUAUUUGUCGUCUUGUAAUGGUCAGUGGAAAGUGUUGUAUCUUCAAGUCAUAGAGGCUGAACCAUGGAGGCUUUCAGUCAUGUGUGUUUGUCUUCACGCUUCCCCCAGCCAUGUGUCAUCUGUGUUGUUAUUGAAUGGAUAUCCAAUGAGCAAGAGCCAAACUGCACACAUGCUCAUCAUGUUGGUUUUAGAGCACAGACAAGGUGGCAGUAACAGACUCCAGGACAGAGGCUUGGAAUUGGAUCAAAACCUGUCCAUCGUUUCAACUAAAAUGAAAUGCUGUUGAAAAAGGUGGUUCUCCAGCUGGUUGCUGCUCAAAAAACAGAGCCCUAGCAAGGGUCUUCUGGAAAAAACUGCAGCACAACAUGAGAUUUUAUUAACCUUUGGUGAAGAACUUUGCUGGAGCUUCUCGUCUUUGAUGUGACUCCAGCUUUGGAAAAAAUGCAUGCUAUGUUUCUGGAAGAAACAUUGAGCCAGACAAGCUGUCUGGUCUGGAAAUAAUGGGCCCUAACUGCACAUUUUUUUUGUAUAGUGUAAUGUGCUGAUGGUCUGUGUGUGGUGUGUAUGUGUGCAACUGUAGGAGUUUAGAGAAAUAUUUCAGAAUGUUCACCCAGUAGUUGUACUGUAGCUCUGGCAUGGUGGUCUCUGGAUCAGAAAAGAGAUUUAUUUUUUUUGCCUGCCAAGAGUUUGUUCUUGCAUGACUUGUCAUACCAAUAAAAAAUUCAUCAGCUUCACUGUUUCUCCUUGUCAGAUUUGUGUGGUAGGCGUUACACACCUGCACUUUUUGCAGUAUUGCAGUGCUGGGGAAAAUAAGUCUCUUCUUUCUUGGUGUUCUUUUUGCUGUCCAAGUUGGACUGUUUGGUAGCUGUGAGUACAGGGCAAGAUUAACAUGAGGACACAUGAAGAAUAGUUCCCCCGACUAACUAAAUAAUAAUUAAUCGACUAUAUAAAUGCAACUGUUCAACGCCAUUGUGAGUUCAAACCGACAGAAUUGCAAGACUGUUUUCUGUUUAACAUAUCCUCAUUUGCCAACAUAUAAAGCCAAAAAAAAGCCACUUUUGGUGAAUAUUACAGGAGAUAUUGCUCCCAUAUGUUCAUUCAUCAUCCUGACUGUGACAGAAUAGAGCUCCUACUCUCCAGUACAAACAGGUGUGCUGACGUGGCUGGACUUUAGGGCCUGUUUGCUCCAUAACUCUGGAAAUCUGAGAGUUUAUGGCAGAGUAUUUUGUUUUGCCAAAGAACGAGUCAUUUUAGCCAGUAAUCUCCUCAAGUAAUUCAAUUUUAAACACACACACACACAUUGUGCUGCUAAACUACAAUGGACUUUUCCAGUGCAGGGAGGCACAAGUUCCCUGGGUUCAGGGUGUGUGUGCAUGAAGAGUGUGUGCCAACAACAAGGGUUGUUUUUCCAUUACAAAUACACACACAUAGCCACUGAUCUUUCAUACGAGACAUUUUUAUUUUGUUUGUUCCAGAUGCCAUCGAUAGUCUUCUGACAUUCAUUUAUUACCUGAUUAAAAAGUGAAAAUAUCAGUGUAUCACCUGUCAUGUGAAAGUUAUUUAUGACUAAAGAAAUCAGGUCAUAUUAGCCUUGACACAAAGUGUCACUCUUUAUGGCAGGUACCUGAGUGAGUAAUUAUAGAUCUAAUGUUUAAUUUCAGAGUCUGUAUGAGAAUUUUAUAAUCAGUAUAUUUCCACAACAUUUUCAUUACCAGCCAUCAUGGAUCAAUAUUACAGACAACAAUUUAAUGUGUUUCUAAGAAGUGUUUCUGUAAGAGUUCUGAGUGUCAUGAAAAUAAAAUGUAAUUAAUGACUUAAGAGAGUUUCUCCACAUUAGCUUAUUUCUAUAUUCUGUUAAGUGUCACAGGCCUUAAUUACUACUGCGAAAGCCUGUGCUGGUACAGUUUGUUUACAGUUUGUUUGUUUUGAAACAAAACAGCAAAUAUCAAGAGAUUGUAUUGUUAACAUUUGUGUAAUGUCAGUUCUGCAGCUCUAAACUGUGAGUUCUACAAAAUUUUGAGUUGUAUUUGUUCUUAAGGUUUUGUAUUUGUAAGUUUCUUUUAAAUCUUGCAUUUAUUGGAUGUUGAGUGAAUGAAUGUUUCCUUUUAAUAUAGUCAUAUUGUGUACAUGAAUACCUCAGACACCACAAAUUAUCUCUAAUUAGUGGAUCUUUAAAGAUUUCUCUAUACAAAAGUAGAAAGGUAAUGUGAACUGUAAUUUACUAAGAGGUGAGUCUUCUGGCGUUUGUGUUCAUUACUAAAGCACUUUGUUUUUUUUUGUUUUUUUUUUUUCCUUUCUAGAUGUGACACUUGUAAAAUUACAAUGGGAAAAAACAUUUAAGAUGUAUUACUGAAUGGGAGAAGCCACACAGAUCAAACUGAUUUGUAUAUAGGAUUAAAACAGUGCCACAGUCCACCUGUGUGUGUGUAUGUAAAUUAUAAAUUAUUUAUUCAACAAAAAAAUAAA